GCCGCCGCUGCAGCGCCGCGGCCGCGCAGGUGUCGGUGUGGGACGGUGUGACCCCGCCCUCGCGCCCACCGCCGCCAUGGCCAGAGUGAAGCCCUCGUCCGUGGCGCCGACCCGGCUCGGCGGAGGUACAGAGUCGGACACAGAGUCCAACCACAGCCGAAAGACGACCAGCUCGCGAGUGUCGUCCACGCUGAUGAUGACCAUCCAGUGCUGCCGCAUCAACCCCGUCUCCAAGAUCGGCCGACGCAUCUACAUCACACAGAUGCUGCUGCUGCCGUUCAUCCCGAUCGUGGCGCUGAUCGUGCAGAACAUCUACUCCAUGUCGGCGGUGGUCAUCUACCAGCGCGGCAUGCUCGAGGUCAAACACGCGAUUGAGGAGACGACCGACAUCGGCCUGCUGCUGACGGCGCUGCAGCUGGAGCGCUCCGAGGUGGCCUUCUACAUCUUCACCAACGGCAGCACGGCGCGCGACCUGGCCAACCUGCAGUCCUCCUCGGUGGUGCCCAACGCUAUCAACCUGGCCAAGAAGGAGAAGCAGUUGGAAACGAACAGGGAUAUGUGGAGGAGCAACCUGACCAAGGUGUUCGACUUCACCGACCUCACGCUGGAGAAGAUGUCCCGCUGGGAGGACGUCCGGUCGGCCGUCGACCUCAAAAAGUUCCCGAUUUUCUCCUCUAAGCUAAAGUUCCAGAUACGCUUGGAGGACCUGCGAGACACCAUCAACCGGACCAUGCUGGAGAUCCAGGACAAGAUCGACUGGUACACGCGGCUGAACGACAUCUUCCUGGACGUCAUGGCCAUGCGGAUGAGCGCCAGGAAGCUGGACUCGAGUGCACUCAGUUACAUGCUGUCGUACCUGAACAUCAUCCGGGCGAUGGAGCACUUCAGCCUGUUCCUGACGUACGGGCUGCGUUACUUCGCCACCGGCCAGCUGCAGGCGCAGUUCCAGACGCAGGCCGUGCGCUCCGACACGCUGUUCUGGGAGUACAUCAACAACACGCGCUCCUUCUCGCCCGAAAUGUCCGAAAAGAUACACUACAUAUUCGACAGCUUCGAGGGAUACAACAGCUACAUACAGCAACGUGGUCUGAUUGUCAACAACAGUCCGAUGAACGGCUCCAUGGGCAUGGCGAUCGCCUUCUUCAUCAACGGCACCACCAUGGCCGACCUGCUGCGGGAUGUACAGGUCGAGCUGCGAAACAUCAUCACCGGCCACGUCACCGAACAGGUGGCGAUCGCCUACAACCAGCAGAUGGUGGCCGUCCUGCUGCUGGUCCUCGUGCUCCUCCUGUCGCCCAUCAUCAUCGUGCUCGUCAGGAAGAUCGCGCUCACCAUGCAGGACUUUACUGAGAUGGUGACGGCCAAGACACAGGAGAUCGCCCAGGAGCGUAACAAGGCCGACCGGCUGCUCUAUCAGAUGUUGCCGGAGCCCAUCGCGCAGCAGCUCAAGGGCAAGGGGCAGGUGCCGGCCGAGCACUUCCAGUCGGUCACCGUCUACUUCAGCGACAUUGUCGGCUUCACUCGGAUCUCGGCGCAGAGCACCCCGAUACAGGUGGUGACGUUUUUGAACGUUCUCUACAAGGUCUUUGAUAGCCGUAUCGACCGGUACGACGUGUACAAGGUGGAGACCAUAGGAGACGCCUACAUGUGCGUCUCUGGACUGCCAAAGAGAAACGGUGACCAGCACGCCAGCGAAGUAGCCGACAUGUCGCUAGACCUGUUGCAAGGGAUCAAGAAGUUUGAGGUGCCCCACAUGAAGGGUGUGCUGGUGCAGAUCCGAAUCGGCCUCAACACGGGACCCUGCGUGGCAGGGGUGGUGGGUACAAAGAUGCCGCGGUACUGCCUGUUUGGAGACACCAUCAACGUGGCUUCGCGCAUGGAGUCGACCGGAUUGCCGCAAAUGGUUCACGUGAGUGACACAACCUACGAGCUGCUGAUGAAGGCGGGCGGAUACAAACUAGAGUUCAGAGAAAAUGUCGACAUCAAGGGCAAGGGCUCCCUGCCCACCUACUGGCUGCUGGGAAAGGAGGGCGGCGUGGGCCGCACGCUGGAGAUCGACGUGCCCGGCUUCCUGGACCCCAGUCAGCAGCCAGAGUUCAUGAACAGCGACGUCUACUCGCAGAAGUAGUCGUCUGCCGUCUGCUCUACAGCCGAAGUCGCCCGACGUCUGCUCCCAGAAGUAGCCGUCUGCCGUCUGCUCUACAGACGUAGUCGCCCGACGUCUGCUCUACAGACGUAGUCACUCGACGUCUCCUCGCAGAAGGCGCCGUCUGGCAUCGGCACAUUCUCGCAGAAUUAACCGUCUGACGCCAUACACACAGAUGUGGCCACCCGGCGUCUGCUCGCAGAGGCAGCCGUCUGAUGGCUAGUCCACACACAGACGUAACUGCCCGACGUCUGCUUGCAUGGAGGCUGUCGCCUCUGUGCGGUGAUUGUGCACAGUACUGGGUGGUCAACCGUUAACAGCUAACAUGGUUCACCUUGGAGAGCAGCUUCAGGCCAAUUUACUCACUGUCAAAAUAUGUUGGUGAGAAUGCUGGGUUAGUUUUAACCCUCGCCGGACCUAUUGGUUUUCUACAUACGCGCCGGCUGAGGAGGUUGGUACGACCUCCCUAGUCGCUGUGUCGCCCCUGAUGGGGUUGGAGCGUUGCGGAAAGAACGAGCGUAUGCGUCGAUACGAGACGCAGCGACUGGUACCCGAUUUUAAGGUCUCAGGUCAACCGGUGACCUCUAAGGUCAGGUCAAGUGGUCGAAGGCAUGGGUUCGGUUUUUGAGCAAUAACUUACCCCCCCUCCCCAAAAAAAACUGUCGAAGCGCCGUUAUUUUUGGCAUAAUCGUGUUCGCCUCGCUCAGUCGCGUCGAAUGGUAUACUGUUUGUUCGGGUGAGGUCAACUUGAGGUGUUGACCUCGAUUCAAGGUCAGUUCAGAGCCCCCAGGUCACGAAGCUGGUCGAAGGAGGUCAUAUUGCAUAUCAUUCGCUUUGGUAGGUCUUCUCGAGUCCAUUGGUAGUUUUUUUCGGCUUGCUAGCUCAAUUUGAUCGGUAGCUAUUGACGAAAAACUCUUAUGACCUUAGUGACGUCAUAAAUGACGUCAUGCAAGGUCAACAAUGCAAAAGUGAAGCAGCUGACCUUGCAAGGAUUGUAUGAAAUUCACGAUUUCGUAUGCUUGAGAUAGUUUGUGAUCGUUCCCGGCGCCGAAAUAGCAGUAAGUUUUAUCUCCCUGGGAAAGUUCCUCUGGCAGUGGGGGUGUUGCAAAGUACCGACAUCUGAUGACCGUGCAGAGGUUCUUUUAUUACGUCAACUCAUAAUAGGUCAGUGACCUGACCUGACCUGAAAAUGCAGUUGGUAUCUUAAGAUUCGGCUUGAACCGAAGGUCAGGUAUGUCAGGUUUCGGCUCCCUAUCGCCAGCGUGUUGGAAGCUAUCGCGAAAAAUCCUUAUGGGGGGCACCCCCCCCCCUUCCCCCUACUCGGCCGGCGAGGGUUAGGCGGUGUAUUGCACUGCACACAGUGUUGUUGAGGAGGGCUCAAAUGAAAUUAUUGUACUGGGACAUACCUAAAUUUGCAUUUCAAUCUGCUCGUUGAAUGCAAUUGAUUGUUUUUCUCUGUUUUUCCAAUUGUUUAGCCUUUUCUGGAUGUGUCGUUUACGGUUUAGCCAAUUGCCCCCUCCCCCAUCCCCACCAUAGCGAAGUUGACCGAAUCCCCACCCGGGUGCGGAUUAAUCAAAGACCGGGACCAAUUGGGCUGGCUCCAAUCAUCAAUGCCAACAAAAAUAUUUCAGGGAAAGGCCAAAUGUUUUAUUGAUAACUUUAAUGUCGUGAAUGCUUGUAAAUAACUAAGUUUGAUAAUGGCAGCGACAGCGACCUGUUUAUUAUUCAUACCCGUAAAGCUGGAUUAUUGCUAGUAACACGGUCCUCUGCUGACUGCGUGUAGUGCGUAGCUGUUCUGUGACGGGGCCACUGGCUGCUAAUUUUAUCGACGUUUUAUCGUCUGUCACCUGCAUUUUGUUCGCCCGUAAUAGUUAACUGUAAUUUUAUUGGCUUGAGUUUAACAUGAUGUUAUCGUUAUUCGUUUUGUAAUCGCAUUGGCCAUCACAUAGGGAAGGCGAUUUUGAUGUAUUUGUGCAGUCGUUGUAUAUUGCUCUACAGUACCUACUGGAGUAGUAUUGGAGUAUAUUGCUCUGUAGUAUUGGAACUUCACCCGCAUAGCCAAGCUAGUGACAGCACUGGACACGAUUUGAUCUCAGAGAUAGAUGUGCCAUGAAUGGAUUGGUGAUUCGGAGGUUGUUUAUAUACAAAGAUUGAUUCAGAGGCUGCCUAGACUAUGGUUCCUACCUGCCAGUAUUUAUUGGGUAUUGGUCCCGUCAUUUCGACCGUUUGUCGUCGUGUCAUCUGUGUUCUCAUGGUUUGCCUCCAGCUAUGGUCAGUGUAUGUAAAUUGUCAGCGCACAACACAACUUUCCGUCGUGUCACACGGGGUGUAACAAAAUGUGCACAUUGUUGUGACGGCCUGACGGGCGCAGAGGUGAUGAGCGGAAUGCCGUUUGUUUCGAACGGUAACUACAUUCGUGUGCUAAGUAGGUAUCUGUCAGUCGUGAAAGAGCAAUAGCUCCGCUGAAAAAUAGCUGCGAGCAUUUAAUUACGAUAUCGGUACUCUCGGAUGUCACAAGGCACUAUUAUUCAAUGCACUUAUACUCUCAAACGUAGCUACAUAUAUGAUAUCACAAUUCACCUGUACCUGUGUAAGAAUGUUGGACAAUUGCGUGCGUUUUCUGAUGUUAAGUUUUACAAGCGUUUGUUUUCAUCGUCACCAAAGUGUGGUGACCAGACACUGCUGGCAUGGGAUGCCCGUGUGUUAUAUAUGUUGCAGGCACUUUAGAAAAUCAGUCAUUUUGUAAAAUGCCUAGGCAUUUUGCAAAAUGCCUGAUUUUCCAGGCUUUUUGCAAAAAGCCUAGGCAUUUUACAAAAUGACUGACUCUCCAGUCAUUUUGCAAAAUGCCUAGGCAUUUUACAAAAUACCUAGCCAUUUUACAAAAUGACUGAGCAGCGUGUUGUAGAUACGAGUACCUAAUUAUAUACGUUUUGGUAGCGUGUAGGUGGGCCGAGGAGUCCAGCAUUAUGACCAGAGGAGUCCAGCAGUGGGAAGUCCAUACCUACCUCUCUCUAUUUUGAGAAGUGCAGGCCCGUGACAUUUCCAACCCCCACGUCAGCGACGCUGCUGGAUUUAAAAUGAUCGAUCUGGAGCGUCAACAAACGACUGGCCCUAUGCCGGCCUGUAUCUGAGUGUAAAACCAUUAGAGGUCGCGAGGAUUGGAUCCCACACACUUACAUAGGCGUUAGUGUCUUCUGAAACCAACGCUCUCGUCCUACGCCAAGCGACCUGAUGAUUCUCCCGAUGUGGAGCUUGAUAUUUUUAACUGGGACCAUGCAAGUAGGUAGGUACAGGUCUCGCGGGUUUUAGCGGUAGGUUUUGCACCUAAAAAAUUUAGUGUACUUCAGGCUAUAUCUUCGUCGUCUUAAGCUUUUAAAUGUUGAAUAUGCGAUCGACUGGUUGGGUAACAAACCGGCCAUGAUCGUGUAAAAUGGCUUCAUCGUAGAUCGAUUAGUUUCUGAGAUAUAACCGGAAAUGUAAAAGUGCAAAACCUACCGCUUAAUCUCGCGAGACCCUCAAAGCUGUCAAACAAAGACACAAUCAAACAAAGACUACACUCAUUCGUUUACAUGUAAUUGCACAUCAACCGGGUCUGCCUAUUAACUGGGGCCGGUCUCCGGCUGGUUUUGUUAGGUCUAGUUUCAGGCAGAACAUGAACGGCGUUGAUGUACUUGGGAGUUUUUACAGCGUUAACUAAACAAUGCUUUAUGCUACAGCCGAGUCUGCAACUCAACCUGGUCGCUACUCAGCAUUGUCGUCAUCACAGAGCUUCAAAUCGAUCAGCUACAGGCUGAACACGUACCUAUAGGGUAUAUGUAGGAAAACGUUCAAAAACUGUUGGCCAUACCUAGUAUCUGUAGUGGGAUCUACGUUCCAUGCUGGUCAGACAUUUUGCAAA